AUGACAACAUUUUGUUAUAUUAAAGGCGGAAAUUUGAAUGUUAGUUAUUACUCAAACUUUCUAAUUGUUUUACAAGUCAAUGUUGAAAAUCAAUUAGUAAACUUUACUAUGGUCAAGUCAACUAUAGCACUAUUGUUCAGAAGCACAUCAGCUUUGAGAAAACGCAAAACUAAUGAAACACCUGAACAACAUUUAACCCAAGUUACACAUUUAUAUUUGAAUGGCAAAAAUUUAGACGAAGUGGGUUAUGAAAUCACACUGUGUCAACGCUUGUCUGUUCUGUACUUGUAUGAUAAUAAACUUAAAUCGAUUCCAGCGUGUUUAAAUUUAUCCCAGUUGACACAUUUAUAUUUGCAAAACAAUCAAAUAAGCCGUAUAGAAAAUUUGAAUUCAUUAGAAAAGUUAGAAAAACUUUUCCUUAGCCGAAAUCAUAUCAAUCUAAUCGAAGGUUUAGAAGGAUUGACCAAGUUACAAGAAUUACGAGUGGACAAUCAGUUCUUGGAUAGUGGAGAACGUUUGAUUUUCGAUGAUCGCAGUUUAAAUGCCAUAGCUUAUAGCCUGAUACGUUUGGAUGUAUCUGGAAAUAAAUUGGAAAGUCUACAGGAUUUAAUUAAUCUUCAUGCCUUAAUCUCAUUGAGUGCAAGUAAUAAUCUACUGCAAUCAAUUAAUGACUUGGCAAGUUCUCUGAAUCACUGGCCAGAUCUAAAAGAAUUGAAUUUACAUGGUAAUCCUGUAAUGAAGACAAAUCGUGCAAGAAGUAUUAUUAUUCUGAGUGCAAAACAUUUAGAAAUAUUAGACGACAAGGUUAUAUCUAGACCAAAUAGACAAUUUCUAGAAAAUUGGAAUCAUCAUAAAAGUUUUAGCAUUGAAACAUCAGAUAAAAAUAGCUGA